AUGCCUCCACUAACACUUAUCAAAGAUAAAAAAUUAACUGUUAAAGAUGCUUCAACUAACUAUCAUAUUUCUUGUGCAACUCUUUAUGCUCGUUUAUCUAAUCGUCGUGGUGGUGGCAAAUUAGGUAGGCCAACAAUUCUAUCUGGUGAAGAAGAAAACGUUUUGAUCCAUGUUAUUCAUAAAUAUCAAGAAUGGCAACAUCCAUUAACUAGAUCGGAUUUAAUUUCUAUUGCUCGUAUAUUUAUGAUCGAACUUGGUAAACAACAUAUAACAGAAGAUUCAUUAUUACGUGAAUGGUUUUAUUCUUUUCAAGCACGAUGGUAUGAAGAAAUAAAGCUUGUCGAAACAUAUAAAUUAGAAAGUAUUAGAUCAUUAUCAUGCACUCAAUUAGUAGUUGAUCGAUGGUUUGAACGCUUACAAAAAGUGUUGACUAAAUUAAAUUUAUUCAAUCGACCAGAAGCAAUUUAUAAUGUCGAUAAAUCAGGUUUCGGAGAUGAUCCUGGUCGUAAACAAAUUAUUAUCAAGAGAGAUUCUAAAUAUGGAAUAACAUCUCAGGGUGGUAGUGGUGAAAUUAAAGAUAUUUUAACAUCAACUCAUAUAUCAGCUGUUAUGUCUAUACCAGCAGAGAUCAAUCUCAUUAUCCAACGUGUUGAUGAAUCUUCUUACUUCAAACGCAUAAUAGCAAUACAGUUACCCAGGAUGAUGGUUCCUGAAGCAGGAUUUCAUGAACUUCCGGCGAAAUUCCGAACGAAACCGGCCGUUUCCGUGCCGGAUUGUUCGACCUGGCUUUUUAUUGGUUUAACAAAUUCCCUAUGGAUGGAUCAUAGAAGUGAUUCUUCCAUUGAUCAUCGAUAA